UGUGCCUUCUCCUCGUUCCUUCCACCUCCUCCCGUGGGGACUCUGGCGUGCAUCCACAAGGGAGUCCGAGCUGAGGUUCGCCCCUUUGAGGAAAAUGCAACAUGGCAGCAGCAAUGGAAACUGAACAGCUGGGUGUUGAAAUCUUUGAAACUGCAGAGUGUGAAGAGAAUGUUGACUCACAAGAACAGCCUAAAUUGGAGCCAUUUUAUGUUGAGAGAUAUUCCUGGAGUCAGCUUAAGAAACUGCUUGCAGAUACCAGGAAAUACCAUGGCUACAUGAUGGCUAAGGCACCACAUGACUUUAUGUUUGUAAAGAAGAAUGAUCCAGAAGGACCUCAUUCGGACAGGGUCUAUUACCUUGCCAUGUCUGGUGAGAACAGAGAAAAUACACUGUUUUACUCAGAAAUUCCCAAAACCAUCAACAAAGCAGCAGUUUUAAUGUUGUCUUGGAAGCCACUCUUAGAUCUUUUUCAGGCAACCCUGGACUAUGGAAUGUAUUCUCGAGAAGAAGAGUUAUUAAGAGAAAGAAAACGUAUUGGAACAAUUGGAAUUGCUUCUUAUGAUUAUCACCAGGAAAGUGGAACAUUUUUGUUCCAAGCUGGUAGCGGAAUUUACCAUGUAAAAGAUGGAGGCCCACAUGGAUUUACUCAACAACCCUUAAGACCCAAUUUAGUGGAGACCAGUUGCCCCAACAUAAGGAUGGAUCCAAAACUGUGCCCUGCUGAUCCAAACUGGAUUGCUUUCAUCCAUAGCAAUGACAUCUGGAUAGCGAACAUUGUAACUAGGGAAGAAAGGAGGCUCACCUAUGUGCACAAUGAGCUUGCUAACAUGGAAGAGGACCCAAGAUCUGCUGGGGUCGCAACCUUUGUCCUUCAGGAAGAAUUUGAUAGAUAUUCUGGUUAUUGGUGGUGUCCAGAGGCUGAACCAACUCCCAGUGGAGGAAAAGUUCUUCGAAUUCUAUAUGAAGAAAAUGAUGAAUCAGAAGUGGAAAUUAUUCAUGUUACAUCCCCAAUGUUAGAGACCAGGAGGACAGAUUCUUUCAGAUAUCCCAAAACAGGCACAGCAAAUCCAAAAGUCACUUUUAAGAUGUCAGAAGUAAUGAUUGAUGCUGAAGGAAGGAUUGCAGAUGUGGUGGAUAAGGAACUAGUACAACCCUUUGAGGUUCUGUUUGAAGGAGUUGAGUAUAUUGCCCGAGCUGGAUGGACUCCAGAGGGAAAAUAUGCUUGGUCCAUCCUACUAGAUCGUUCUCAAACUCGACUACAGAUAGUGUUAAUAUCCCCUGAAUUAUUUAUCCCAGUAGAAGAUGAUGCAAUGGAACGGCAGAAACUAAUAGAUUCAGUGCCUGAUUCUGUGACACCACUCAUUAUUUAUGAAGAAACAACAGACAUCUGGAUAAAUAUCCAUGAUAUCUUUUAUGUUUUCCCCCAAAGUCAUGAAGAUGAAAUAGAGUUUAUUUUUGCCUCAGAAUGCAAAACAGGUUUCCGACAUCUGUAUAAAAUCACAUCCAUUUUAAAGGAGAGCAAGUAUAAACGAUCCAGUGGAGGACUACCUGCUCCAAGUGAUUUCAAGUGUCCAGUCAAGGAAGAAGUAGCAAUUACAAGUGGUGAAUGGGAAGUGCUUGGCCGACAUGGAUCUAAUAUCCAAGUUGAUGAAGUACAGAAGCUGGUGUAUUUUGAAGGCACCAAAGACUCCCCUUUAGAGCAUCACUUGUAUGUGGUGAGCUAUGAUAAUCCUGGAGAGGUGACAAGGUUGACAGAUCGUGGCUACUCACAUUCCUGCUGUAUUAGCCAGCAUUGUGAUUUAUUUAUAAGUAAAUACAGUAACCAGAAGAAUCCACACUGUGUGUCCCUUUACAAGCUCUCAGGUCCUGAAGAUGACCCAGCACGCAGAACAAAGGAAUUUUGGGCCACUAUUUUAGAUUCAGCAGGUCCUCUUCCUGACUACACACCACCAGAAAUAUUCUCAUUUGAAAGUACUACAGGAUUCACAUUGUAUGGAAUGAUGUAUAAACCUCAUGAUCUACAGCCUGGGAAGAAGUAUCCCACUGUGCUGUUCAUCUAUGGUGGUCCUCAGGUGCAGCUGGUGAAUAAUCGGUUUAAAGGAGUCAAGUAUUUCCGUUUGAAUACGUUGGCAUCUCUGGGUUAUGUAGUUGUGGUAAUAGACAACAGGGGAUCUUGUCAUCGAGGGCUUAAAUUUGAAGGUGCCUUCAAGUAUAAAAUGGGUCAAAUAGAAAUUGAAGACCAGGUAGAAGGACUUCAGUAUCUAGCAUCUCAGUAUGAUUUCAUUGAUUUAGAUCGUGUGGGCAUCCAUGGCUGGUCCUAUGGAGGAUACCUCUCUCUGAUGGCAUUAAUGCAGAGGUCAGAUAUCUUCAGGGUUGCCAUUGCUGGAGCUCCAGUUACUCUGUGGAUUUUCUAUGAUACAGGAUAUACAGAGCGUUAUAUGGGUCACCCUGACCAGAACGAACAGGGCUAUUACCUAGGAUCUGUGGCCAUGCAAGCAGAGAAGUUCCCUUCUGAACCCAAUCGUUUACUGCUAUUGCAUGGGUUCUUGGACGAAAAUGUUCACUUUGCACACACCAGUAUAUUACUGAGUUUUUUAGUAAGGGCUGGGAAGCCAUAUGAUUUACAGAUCUAUCCUCAGGAGAGACACAGCAUAAGAGUCCCUGAAUCUGGAGAACAUUAUGAACUGCAUCUUUUGCACUAUCUUCAAGAAAAUCUUGGUUCACGAAUUGCUGCUCUGAAAGUGAUAUAAUUGUGACUUUUGUGGAACUUUGGUACAUGGCUGCUUAACCAAAUAAGGAGGUUUAAUCUGUAGAAAAUAUAGAGAACUGAUCAUCACAUUUUGGUGCCUGCUACAUAACAUCCACUUCUGAAAGUAAAUUUGGUGCCAUACAGGAAUCUACAGUACAUGAAUAGCAACCUCAUACCUUAACUCACACAAAGAAUUGAACAAUGUAAAUUUCCAUGGGACACAGCAAUACCAUGAAAAUUACUGAGAGAAGCUAAAACAUUUGCAGCACAUAUCAACACCAUCAUAUUUCCACCUUUUAAAAGCAUUGUAAGCGUCAUGGAUUUAAUUGGUGUAUUUUUACAUUAUAUUUGAGUUUGUUACAUUAUGGUAAUAUUAGGUGAUUGGUUCACUACAAUUCCUGAAUCUCUGGCUAAUGACAAAUUUGAUAGCACUUAAGUGUAAUUGAAUAGCUUAUGCUUCAUUGCUUGGGGUGUGUCCAGCAUGUUAAGUACUAAUCACUAUUAAACCUAUGACUUAACCAAUUGUUAAUGAUUUUAAGGAAUAAUUCCUAGUGGCCUCCUAAAGAUACUUACUUUGGUUUAUUCAAGUUCUUCCCAGUUUUUCAGUGAGUUUCAGCUGUGUCUAGUAAAAAAAAAAAUACUAAUUUUUCUUUGAUGAUAUGACAAGAUGGGUUUUACCUGAUUUACUUUCACAUAAAGCAGAGUAACUGUAUUUGUAGCAUGGUUUUAACUAAUCUUAUGGUAUUAAUAAUUAUAUGCAGAUUAAUUUUAAAUUGAAUGACAAUAACUUAAAUAUUUGCAGGCUGUUUUUUCCUUUAGGAAAAGAAAAGUAUAUUUUCAGUUUUGUUCUUCAGAAAAUAUGUUGGUACCCAAUUUUCCAUAUACCAUUUCCUUAUAUUGAAAUGUUCUAGAUUUGACAGAGACAAGGGAAGGUGGGGGGCAGAUGGAAGGGAAACAUAGGGAGGUUGGAGUGGGGAUAUGGAUCUUUUUUAGCCCAAAGUAUAAGUGCCACUUGGCUGGGAAAAGUCAUGAAAAAAAAUUGGAAAUGAGAUUUUAACUUGUAGAAUAUUAACUAGGAAAACCAAAGUAAAAUAAUCACCCCCAAGCCAGCAUAAUCCUAAACUGACUAUAUUCAGGAGAAUUCUUUUUAAAUUUUUUAGAAGCAAAUAUUUACAUUCCCUCCUUUUUAAGUGGUUCAAUGAGCACAAAGAGCUUUUUGGAAACGGCAAGCUUGAAGUAGAAAUUUAAUUUUCCAACAGAUUUCUUUAUCAUAAGUUGAACCCCUUAGUGAUGCAUUAUUCUCUUCCUCAUUGUUCAAAAUUUGUGUAUAAUUUCCAAUUUUAAGUUUCCUUAAAAUAAACUCUGAUAAUGAAAUUAUUCUGGUUUACCCCUAACAUUUGAAUGUUCAAGGGUUUUCAUAUGCUUUCAGGUACUGAUUGGGUUCCCACUGGAGUGUUGAGUUAGAAGGGCAGAAUUUUCUUCAUGCUAGAGGACCUGGAUAAGAGCUUAGCAGGAAGGAAAACUUAACUUUAAAAACCUACCUAGCCCUGCUAAUCAUAGGCGUUGAUGUUUUCUUGGGAAGAAGUUACCGUACUUAUGAGCAAGAGUCCCCAGAGAGAAUGUGGAAGUUUCUUUUGCUUAUCACAUAUUGACUGUAGAUUUUUGUCUACAGAGCAUAUAGUUGUCACAAAGACUUUAUCUUUGUGGCUAGUUUUCACCUUAUGACAAGAGGGGGUAAGAAAUGAGAGAAGCCAGAAGUGAUAAUGUACCAAUGUUGGUUAUUCAUUUGGGAAAAUUCUUUCCAUAUUUUGAUUGUAGUGUAUAUAUACACCUAUCUCUCUCUGUGUAUAUUUAUCAUAUAUACAUAUAUCACAUAUAUAUGUAUAUGUAUAUAUGUACAAACUUACAUGUUUAAUAUCCUCCCACAUCUAGAUUUGUUUAUAUUCUUUUGAUUUGGGUAACUUCACACCCCCGAAACGCAAGAAAAUAUUUCCCCCUGUGACUUGAGUUUUACUUGAUGAGGGAGAUGCAUGUUUCUGUACCAAUAAUAGUCUCCAAGGAUCUAUGAUCAUUGCACACAGUGUGCAGAGCAGAAUGGGUAUUCAGUAGUACCACAAGCCAGUGGACAAGUAUUCAUUUUAAAUCUCUUACUUUGUAAGGCUGCCUGUUUACAAUGGCACCUCUUGCUUUGCCAAAAGAAAAAAACAAAAUACUCAAAUGUUACUGCAUACUGUUCUAGUGAAACACACGGUUCCUUUUUAGUUCUUCCCUUUUUCCCAUCCCAAUAAAUAAAGAAAUUGGAAGUUCUCAUUACAACUUCUAAGCACUGUUUCCCUUCUUUACCAGUGAAGAAAUGCUGUCACGUUGGCAGCCAUACUAUGAACAUGACUGAUUUUUUUUUCAGAAAGGAUACUAUGCUGUUGCUAAAGGAAGUGGACACUCAUGGUUACAAAGUUAGCAAGCAAUGGAAAGCUCUACCAAGAUUCACUGGUAACAUUAACUAUGAGGAAAGCAACUCAUCAAGUGGAAGUUUAAAACAAGGAGCACAUUUGGUGAGAGCCAAAAAGCACUGGGGUUAAAAAGCAACCUGGGUUAUUCAUUGUCUUGAUAAAUUCCCAUGGUCAUUACUGAGUAUAGUUAUUUGAAAUAACUCUGAAGACUCUAAUGGGUGAAAUUUAUACUAUGCUGACUUAGAAGAGAUAGUGAUGUGUAAGCAGGAAAUCCUCUCCCCACAGUUAAGUAUUGACCACCUUUUCUCACUACAAGAGACGAGUAUGAAGAACAUCUAGCAGCUCUACAUUACUUGUAAGAACAAGGAGUAAAGGCUGCUCUUGAGGACAGCUUCCUCCUCUCUUCCAUGGCCUCAGUUUGAAAAUUUUUCCCACAGGCAACAAAAGGGAAUGAAUCCUGGUCUUACCACCACCAUACCAGCUUCCUGACCUUUUUAAGAAUUCUAUUUAAUUGUUGCAUGUUGCCAGUGUUUAGAUUUUUCUUUUUGUUUUAGAUUUUGUUCUAUUUUCUACUUUUCUUUAUAUAAUAUCUUUUUUCAUGUUUUAGAAUUAUUCUCCUAAUAAAACUCAUAAGUUCCAAGAAAUAUGUAGGAAAAGCAAACUUCAAAUACACACACACAUACAUUAUAUAUAUAUGUAUACAUAUAUAUAUAUAUACACAUAUAUACAGUCUUAUUUCACCUAUUUGAGCACCUUUUUCUUUAAUAAAAUAGUACCUAAAUGUGGAGAAGGAAAUGGCAAACUACUGCAAUCUCUUUGCCAAGAAAAUCCCAAAUGGGGUCACAAAGAGUCAGACAUGACUGAAAAACAACUGAGCAAAAAUUUUUUUUCCCUACUCCAAAUUAUAUGCUAAGGAUGCUUAUUAAUGAAGUUGUACUAAUUAGCAUGUGAAGUUGUUAAAUAUUAUUAAAGUCAUUCUGCCAAUUAAAAUGUGUUUUACCUGGUAAUAGGAACAUUAGAGAAUUGAUAAUUCACAAGAUUGGCUGCUAAUAGCACAAGAUUGGUUGCUCAUGAUCUAGAAGCCCAUCUACCUGACCUAUUAACUUAGAAAACAGAGCCAGGACUAGUCCUAAUGGAAGUCUGAAGGAUAGCUAGCCCUUCUUGUGAUACAAAGGGGGAGAAAAAAGAUAUAAGAAGAACCUUCCUCCACCCCAACUCCCAGCCAAGGAUAUUGGGAUAAUUUAAUACAAAAUGCCUUCCCAGUUUCCUUCUGGUUCUCUGAGUGUCAGUACACAUGCAUACAAUUUCCAAACUGAUCGAUUCUACAGACCUUCAGGAUGAAGAAACAGUAGUGUUUUGGUUAGGUUUUUUUCCCCCUUUUCUUUUGUGGUUGUUCAGCACAAUUAGAGUUCAGGUGUUUAAUUUUAGAAUGUGAAGUGCCUACUGUUUUAAGCAUUGACUUGUACUAACAGAAUUGCAUGUCUCCCUCCAGUAAGUUUCCCUAUUUCUAGCUACAUGGCUUUUAAUCAUGUAAAGUGGAAACAUUAGUUUUGUUGUGCUUUAUUACAGAUCCUUUUGUUGGAAUAAAGAUGCUGCUAAAAUAAAUUGAAUUAAAUGUUUCUCCCCUACCCCA